AUUGCUUUAGCUCAACUAACUCACCCAAAGUCCCACCUCCCCCAACUCCCUCUUUCACUCUUUCUUUGUGGUUAAAUUCAGCAAAAACAUUUUUACAAGCUCUUAAGAAAAAGCUUCAGUCUCUAAGGUCAUCUUUAAAAGGUUCUUGAAAUUGAAAGCCUGUUUCUACAUUUUGAUAACAAUGUCAGAUAUCUACACAGUGAAGGUUGAGGAAUCAAGGCCUGCAACAGCUCAAAAGCCAUCGGCAGGGCCUGUGUAUAGAAGCAUUUAUGCUAAAGAUGGUCUCUUGGACUUGCCGGCCGGAUUGGAAUCUCCAUGGCAAUUCCUCAGCGACUCAGCUAAGAGGAACCCCAGCAACCCAAUGCUGGGUCGACGUCAAGUCACUGACUCAAAGGUGGGUCCCUAUGUGUGGCUCACAUAUCAGGAGGUUUAUGAUGCAGCCAUCCGCGUGGGCUCUGCCAUCAGGAGCCGUGGUGUCAAUCCUGGUGAUCGUUGUGGUAUAUAUGGGUCCAACUGUCCAGAAUGGAUAAUUGCAAUGGAGGCAUGUAACAGCCAGGCUAUGACAUAUGUACCUCUAUAUGACACACUGGGACCAAAUGCAGUGGAGUUCAUCAUCAACCAUGCUGAAGUUUCAAUAGCUUUCGUGCAAGAGAACAAAAUAUCUGCUAUUCUAUCAUGCCUCCCUAGAUGUUCAGAAAAUUUAAAAACUAUUGUCAGCUUUUCAAAUAUUUCAAGCACACAAAAGAAAGAAGCUGAAGCAGCGGGGGUUUCUUGCUUUUCCUGGAAGGAGUUUUCUGAGUUGGGAAGUUUGAAUAACGAACUGCCUCCAAAAAACAAGGCUGACAUCUGCACAAUAAUGUAUACAAGUGGAACAACAGGAGAACCAAAAGGUGUCAUUCUUACAAAUGCAGCUAUAAUGGCAGAAGUAUUGACGACAGACCACCUACUUUUACUAACAGAUAGAGUGUGUUCAGAAGAAGAUUCAUAUUUCUCCUUCCUUCCUUUGGCCCAUGUAUAUGAUCAAAUAAUGGAGAGCUAUUGCAUCUAUAAGGGCUCCUCAAUAGGAUUUUGGCGAGGCGACAUUAGGUUUCUGAUGGAGGACAUACAGGAACUGAAGCCAUCUAUGUUUUGUGGGGUUCCUAGAGUUUAUGAUCGUAUAUACAGUGGUAUACUUAAUAAAAUUUCAUCGGGAGGUGCGUUGCGGAAGGCAUUGUUCCAAUAUGCUUAUAACUACAAGUUGGGAAAUCUAGAGAAGGGACUUAAUCAAGAUAAAGCAGCACCUCUCUUGGACAGGCUUAUCUUUGAUAAGAUCAAACAAGGAUUAGGGGGGCGAAUUCGUAUCUUGUUAUCAGGCGCUGCACCUUUGACUAGGCACGUGGAGGAGUUUUUGAGGGUCACCAGCGGCUCUACUUUAUCCCAAGGAUAUGGUCUUACUGAAAGUUGUGGUGGGUGUUUUACAUCCAUUGGCGAUGUAUUUAGCAUGAUCGGAACUGUUGGAGUCCCCAUCACAACCAUUGAAGCCAGGCUUGAGUCAGUGCCAGAGAUGGGAUAUGAUGCACUUGCCAGCAUGCCACGUGGAGAGAUUUGCCUGAGGGGAACAACCUUGUUCUCUGGUUACCACAAGCGACAAGACCUGACUGAAGAUGUCCUUGUUGACGGGUGGUUUCAUACAGGUGACAUUGGAGAAUGGCAGCCCAACGGAGCAAUGAAAAUCAUUGACAGGAAAAAGAAUAUAUUUAAGCUGUCUCAAGGUGAAUAUGUUGCUGUAGAGAACAUCGAAAGCACAUACUUGCGAUGCCCUCUUUUAACAUCGAUUUGGGUCUAUGGGAACAGUUUUGAGUCGUUCCUCGUAGCUGUGGUGGUUCCGGACAGAAAGGCAUUAGAGGAUUGGGCAAUAAACCAUAAUGUCACUGGUGAUUUUAAUUCAUUAUGUGAAAACCUGAAGGCAAGGAAAUACAUUUUAGAUGAGCUUAAUAACACUGGUCACAAAAACCAGCUUCGAGGCUUUGAGAUGUUAAAAGCAGUCCAUUUGGAACCAAAUCCCUUUGACAUGGAGAGGGAUCUGAUAACUCCAACAUUCAAAUUGAAGAGACCACAAUUGCUCAAGUACUACAAGGACACUGUUGAUCAAUUGUACAGUGAAGCCAAGGGAAUAAGAGUGUGAGAACAGCAUUGUAAGCUAUAAACCGGAAUGCAGAUAUUACCAAUUUGUGGCAGUUUGCCAAAAGUUUGUUUAUUUUAUAUUUUAUAUUGCCUAAAAACUUGUAGAAAAAGUGUUCAUACCAAAAUCAAAUCAUAUGUACCCAACAGUGUAUGGAUAAGCAGAUUCUUGCUCUUGUUUAAUUAUAAAUAAAAGAUCCUUUGACAUCA